AUGUAUCAUCCUGACAACGCGAUCGGCCGAGGAGAUGGCCAAUGGCACAGGACUCCACAUCAUACCUCCUCACCGAGUUCAGAUAGGCAUAACGAAACUUAUUUCGCUAUCUCUUCGCAAACUAAGCGCCAUCAUGAUGAGCCGAUAAUAGGUUCCGAGACCUCGCAACUAGGAGAGAAUAUUCAACAGCAGCCGGUUUAUGUUUCGAAUAAGAGAGGUAGAAAAAUUGCAGACAUGGAUGACGGUCCUCACAAAAGGCCCCGCGGUUCGCAUUUGCUUCAUACGACGUAUCCAUCAGAACCAGACUCCGAUAGCAGUAGGACAUCUGAUCUAUAUGGCUAUACAGAGCCACAGGAUAACAGAUACAAUAUGGAGGAGAGAGGGAGCUCACAUAACGUUGGUCUUGGAUUAUCGCACUACGAACAACACCAGCCAAGCAAGCAGACGGUCAAUGCAGCUCAGUCCUAUUAUACGUCUUCACCCUUCCGACACUCUUACCCAAACGAUAAAAAUUUUCACAUCUCACCUCUUUUGGCACAAGCAGUAGAGAGACAAAGGCUUGAUCGCGGAAAUUCGCCGUGUUAUUCUCCAAGUUAUGAAACAUAUUUUCAGAAUCGACAAAUGCCCCCCCACACACCACAUCAGAGUUUAAGAAAUCAAGACCUGACUGAGAGAGCCGCGCCUAAUAAGCACAGAAGAAUCCGAAUGUCUAGUGCAUCAGACGAUCAUUUCCCCACUCCCAACCGCCAAAACUUGAGGCAUACAAAUAUAAUGUCUCCAGAGCUUGAAUGGGAGCAUGGCGAUAUGAGAGAUGGCCUGAUCCGACAUUCCACCUCGAAUAGAGAUUCGUACUCUCGAAAUUCGAUGGACCCUCCAGCUAGAAGUCCAGUUUGGGCCGAUGCAAACGAAGAUGAAUCAAUCCAUAACUCUUUCAACAUAAGAGAACAUGGCCACAUUGUUCAUGGUCAGGAGAAUACUUCGCGUCGCUCUCUGACCCCAGAGUUUGAAACUGUGGCGCCGCAUACUCCUUUCAGUCAAAGACUCGGGAGCCAAAGAGUGCCUUCAUAUCAAAGAAUGCACAUGCAAAGAAAGCUUUUAGAACCUCAGAUCGAGGGACGUUACUAUGCAGCCCCUCGCAAAUCAGACACUCCACUUGAUCUCAGUGAAAAAUCUACAAGCACCCCAAUAGGUUCUAGGGCUUGGAAUAGGAAUCUAGAUGGACAGGUCUCUAUCCAUCAGGCGUCGGAAAGACAAAGUAUGGCUCCUCCAACUCUUCCCAGUCGAAAUUUACGAUACCAAAGCCAAGCCACUCCAACUCCUCGGUCGUCACAAAAAUAUCGACCACUUCAUAACUCAGAACACACUGUUAUGGAGGACCACGAAAGGGAUAACACUCCAAUGCAGUUAUUCAAAAGAACACGGCAAGGUGACAGUCGUCAGAAAAACAAAGUUGAUUACAGUCGGUACAAUGUUGGGAAACUUUAUCCAAGCAUUAGUUCUUACAACGACCGUCCAAAAUGGCAGGUCUCAACUCCUCUAAUGCACCGCAAGAAACCACCUCUUGGCUAUGGCCCUGCCUCAGGAAUAUACACGGGCUCAUCCCCUCACACCUCUGCCAAUAUACCUAUCAAGAAGUCUGUUCCUAUGAAGGAUCGUUUGGCAUCUAUGAAAAAAAGGGCAACCCCAAGGCCUCAAACCGACCCAGUACAAGACAGGCAAAGGCGUGCUGCUGAAAUAAUAAUCAGGAAGGAGCUAGAUGGGCUUGAUCACAUCAUAUUUGGGGAAGUCAUUGGUGACAGUUCAGAAGAGAAAGAGAAAAAGGCAGCGUUGGACCGUGCUGAAGCUCAACGUAAGCGCGAGGAACGGGAGAAAGAGCGGUUAAUUAAGGAGGAAAUGGGAAAAGCCGCGGAGCUUGAAAAGAAGCGUUUGCAGAAAGAAGCUGCUGAAAAUGCGCGCCGUGAGAAAGAGCAAGAAGAGGAGCGAAAGAGACUCAAACGUGAGGCAGAGAGAAAAAAGCAAGAAGAGAUUGAGGAAUCUAUAAAGGAAGAAAAAAGGAAAAAGGCACAAGAUCAAAUAGAGGCCUCUCGUCAAAAAGAAAUCGCUGAAAGGGAAGAAAGAGAACGAGAGAAACAGAAGAUGACCUUAAUACAGGCAGAGGCUAGAGAGCUCGCUGAGAUACAAUCCAGGAGAGACCUUGCAAAGAUGCAAGCUUCUUCUCUCAAGCCUGCUACAAUGUUUCCAAGCCAAAACAAGAAGCCUGCAGAUACUCUUCAGAAAACGGUUGAGGAUGAGGAUGAGGAUUCAUUGUUUAUCCCAGAGACUAAUGGAAGCACUGAAAAAACCAAUCAAGUCCAGGAAUUGACCUAUAACGUUGAAGAGAAGAGGGAGCCCAAUCCUGCUGGACCGAGAAGUGCCGCAGAAAUCUUCGCUAAUAAGUCAAACUACCGAAGUAGUUUCCAAGAAGAACGGGACAAAUUUGAAUCUCAAAGAAGAUCUGACGCAGAGAAAAAGAGAGACGAAAAACUGCAAGCCAGACUGGGGGCUCGAUUCGGGUCAAGGCCUCUCUCCGAGGCGCCUUCGGCAAAAAGGGCAGACAUCGCGAGGCCGACGUCUAAGGUAGAUAAAGCUUAUAAGAAAGCUCGAUCAACUUCAAAAGAAAAAGAGAAACCAACGGUUCUUGCGAAAGCAAAUCCACAUACUUCACCUACUCUGCGGUCUCUAUCCCCAGCAAUAACUGCCAAAAGUACCGAAGAAGCAACCACUAAAGGCACCGAACUUAGCAGUGAGGUCCCACCCGAAAGGUCUGCAUUGUCUAUCCUUUCUCUACUACAGAAACCACCAAACAAACCUUCGACGGAAGUCAAAAUAAUCUCUCAUGAAGAACGUGAAAGCAUAGAAAAUCAGCAGCAUGAUGCGAAGAAAAAGAGAGUUGAACAACGACAUGAAGAGCGGAGAAAGAGAGCGACCGAGAAGGCCCGUAAUAAUCACCGACAAAGGCUGCUUAAAGAAGCUAAAGAAGGUGGUUACACUAUCAGUCCGGAUGAGAUGGACAAGCGUCUUGACGCAUAUAUGAAGAAGCGUGAGGAUAAUUACCAAAAGAAGAAAGCCAAGCAAGAUGUGGACCUAAACUCCGGGACUAUAGAUCCAUCACCGCAAUCACAGCUCCAGACUUCGCCACAAACCCACACGGGAAGUCCUACGCAAUCUGAACAGAUCUCUACGCAAUCUAAGAGCCUUAUAGACUCAACAGAUGAUGAUGUUGAUCCAGAUCAGAGAGCAAGAGACCAGAGCUUGGCAGAUAUGCGAGAGGCAAUGAUGGCUCUGGGUAGAGCUAGUGCCCGUGGAUCUCGCUUUGCUCAGACCGCAGCUAAACGUACUGUCAACCCUUUCCAAUCUGACUCUGAAGAGUCAGAAGAAGAUCCCGAUGACGACCCAACCCUGGAAUCUCUCUUGGCCGCAAAGACUUCUCAUAAGCAGAAGGUAUCUGAAGAGAGUGAUGAAAGUGAUGAGGAUGAAAAGGUAGUUGGUGGCCAUGCUAAGCUCGCUGAGCAAAACCAAUCUGGACAUUCUGGAGCAUUGAAUCCAAAUGGUUUUUCCACACAGAUUGAUGGUCCAUUGGCAGAUGCGCCAGAAAGCAUUGGGGUACAUGCCGAUACUGGUCCUUCUCAGCAUCAGGUUCCUGACAUGCGAGAUCAAGCAAAUUCCUCCAACACUCAAGGUAGUCAAGACAACAUAGUUGAAACCCGGAUGGUGCGAGUUUACACUGUUAAGAAAUUACAGAUAGUCAACGAUACAGAUCAAGCCACGGAAGACAUUCAAAGCUUCCUUGAUCGUUCUGAAGCGAAUACCUUUGCCAAGGAGAGAACCAAAGAAUACUGUUCUUCACCGCACAAUCCCAAAUCAACCACUGAAGAGGACGAGGGCCAAUUAUUCCGAGGUCUCAUUGUGUAUGAUGAUCAUAAUAAAACUACUAUUUGGGUAAAAUCAGAGAUUAAACCCUCCUCCGAACUCGAUAGUUUCGACCUAUCGGCACUCAAACCACGAUUCUCUGAAAGCUCUUGGCUGAUCCGCUUUGAAACCAUCAAAGACACUUUCAACGAGGAAUCUCAAACUUGGAGCACACAUACCAAUAGUAUUAUACUUCCUCAACAGCAAUACCCGGACGUUGAAUUGGCAAACCACGCAGCUUACAACCACCUUUGCAAAUACUUGAAGCCAAAAGAGCCAAGGCUAGAUUAUUUCAAUCAACAUGAGAAUGAAAUUGUCCCGGCACUUCGAGCCGCGAGGGAUGAUGUUUGUGAAGAAGCACAACCAUUCGUCUGCGGUCUGGAGAAGAGUGAGACACAGGUUCAGUGGUUGGCUGAGAAAGAAGUGACAGUUGAGGUUGUCCUCUAUAAGAUGCAAGGCCCGUUGAACUGA